GGCCGCGAUGGCAACGGGCGCGGGGCCGGCGGCGCUUACGGCAGAAGCGGCCGGGCCGGGCCGGGGCGCGGCGGCCGCGGGCUCCGGGCCCCCCGCGCCCCCCGCCGCCCUCAUCGGCCUCCCGCCGCCCUUCGGCGAGCAAGACGAGGAUGACGUGCACAAGUGCGGGCGCUGCCAGUCGGAGUUCAGCUCCCUGCAGGAGUUCGUGCAGCACAAGCUGCAGAAGGGCUGCCAGCGCCCUCCCGACGGGCUCGCCGGGCUCCUCGGCCAGGAAGGACAAAAGGUGGUUCCUGCUGUCGAGGAGUCCAUAACUGUUGCUCACAUUGUUGUUGAAGCAUCUUCCAUAGCCGAGGAGAUCAGCGAUGCCUCGGCCAUCGUAGGCAGUGGGCACAUCAAAGAGGUCAUUGUAGCAGGAGACCAUGUGUUUGAGAACCCCAAUGGCCACGUGGAUGGGGAGGUCAGUGAGGAACAGGGCAGCCCUGAGGAGCAGGAGCAGGACAUUUCCACUGAGCUGAUCAAGGUGAAGCUGCAGGUGAACAAGGAGGGGCGAUACGUAUGUGAGCUAUGCCAGAAGACAUUUAAAACUGCCAGCAUCCUCAAAGCUCACAUGAUCACUCACAGCAGCAGGAAGGACUAUGAGUGUAAACUCUGUGGGACUUCCUUUAGGACAAAGGGGUCUCUGAUCCGACACCAUCGGCGGCACACGGAUGAAAGACCUUACAAAUGCAAGAAAUGUGGGAAAAGCUUCCGGGAAUCGGGAGCUUUGACUCGGCACCUUAAAUCUCUGACACCUUGCACUGAAAAAAUCCGCUUCAACAUGACCAAAGAAAUAGUUGUCAACAAAGAUGAUCUGCCUUCAGGAUCCUGCAGCUCCAACACAGACACGGUGUCCUCCAUAGCGAGCGAAUCCAUUGAGGCCUCCCCUGUCAUCCACCUCGUGACAGAUGCAAAAGGCAAUGUGCUCCAUGAAGUCCAUGUCCAGAUGCAGGAACUUCCCAUGGUGGAUGCAAAACCCCUGGUGCCAGAUCAGCCGCAUCCUGAGGAGCUGCCGUGUGAGGGUGAAGUGAACAGUGAGAACCUGCUGAGGCAGGCCAUGAGGAAUUCAGGAAUUGUCAUUGAGAGAGUGGCUGUGGAGGAGGUGCAGAAGCCAGAUGAACCUGUGGCAGCUGCUCCAGAAGAGCUGGAAAACAAAGGGGUGGAAGUAGAAGAGGAGCCGUGUGGGGAGCAGUGUGCUAAACUGGAAGGAGCAGAGUCUCAGACACCUGUAGAAAGAGCCAACGGGUACAAACGUUACAAUUGCUCUCACUGUAACGAAGCCUUCAGUGAAGCUGCUGCCCUGGAAACUCACAGCAAGAGUCACACAGAGUACAAACCCUUCAAGUGUGAGGAGUGUGGCAAGGAGUUCACCAAGGGCUACCUGCUGAAGAAGCACCAGGAGGUGCACGUGAACGAGCGGCGGUUCCGCUGCGGGGAGUGCGGGAAGCUCUACAAGACCAUCGCCCACGUCAAGGGGCACCGGCGCGUGCACUCGGACGAGCGGCCCUACGCCUGCCCCAAGUGUGGCAAGCGCUACAAGACAAAGAAUGCCCAGCAGGUGCAUUUCCGUACCCACCUGGAGGACAAGCCCUACGUGUGCCAGUUCUGCAGCCGGGGGUUCAGGGAGAAGGGCUCCCUGGUGCGCCACAUCCGCCACCACACCGGGGAAAAACCCUUCAAGUGCUACAAGUGCGGGCGCGGCUUCGCCGAGCACGGCACCCUCAACAGACACCUCAAAACCAAAGGUGGUUGCCUCCUUGCUAUGAAAGAGGUGGAAGAAGUGAUAGUGUCAGAGGAGAGUCAGUCUGCUGACAACUUGGCAGCCACGGUCCUUUCAGAGGAUCCGCACACAGUUCUGGUGGAGUUUUCCUCAGUGGUGGCAGACACCCAGGAAUACAUCAUUGAGACCUCUACUGAAGAUAUGGAGACCAGUGAAGCUACUGAAAUAAUAGAGGGAACAAGACAUGAGGUCGACAGCCACAUCAUGAAGGUGGUGCAGCAGAUCGUGAACCAGGCCAACUCGGGCCACCAGAUCAUCGUGCAGAACGUCACCGUGGCCGAGGGCGCCGCGGCCGCCGACGCCGCCGACACCAUCACCAUCGCCACGCCCGAGAGCCUCACCGAGCAGGUGGCCAUGACCCUGGCCUCGGCCAUCGGCGACGGCGCCGUGCUGGCCACCGACGGCGGGCUGGCCGCGCAGGAGGCCACCGUCACCAUGGUGGCGUCCGAGGACAUCGAGAUCAUGGAGCACGCGGGGGAGUUCGUGAUCGCCGCCUCGCAGGAGGGCGAGGUGGAGGUGCAGACGGUGAUCGUGUGAGGGAGGGGCAGCUGCACGUGGCCCGGCUGCUCCAGGGUGGGGCUGGCCUGGCCCCUGGGGCUGCCCAGAGAGCGAGGGGGAACGUUCUGGAGGGAAGUGGCUUCGUAGGACGGUGCAGGCCUAGGACGGGACGGUGCGGGCCUAGAACGGGACAGUGCAGGCCUAAAAUGGGACAGGACAGGCCUAAAAUGGGAUAGUGCAGGCCUAAAAUGGAAUAAUACAGGCCCAAAAGGGGACAGUUCGGGCCUAGGACGGGACAGUGAGGGCCUAGAACGGGACAGUGCAGGCCUAGAACGGGACAGUGCGGGCCUAGAAUGGGACAGGACAGGCCUAAAAUGGGAUAGUGCAGGCCUAAAAUGGAAUAAUACAGGCCCAAAAGGGGACAGUGCGGGCCUAGGACGGGACAGGACAGGCCCAAAAUGGGAUAGUGCAGGCCUAGAACAGAACAGGACUAAAACGGGAUAGUGCAGGCCUAAAAUGGGGUAGGACAGGCCCAAAACAAGGCAGGGCAGGCCCAAGGUGUUCUCAGUCUAAAAGCAGUGCCAGGAGUUAAAGCCUCGGCCUGGUCACACUGAGGAGACUUAACAGGUCACAAGUGGCACUCAGUAUUCUGUACAGCAGCCUCAAAUUAAGGAAGAUCCUUUGGGAAUCAGCCCCUUCUGCCCACGGGACAGCAGUAAUCUGGUUUUUUAAAGGAUUCAGAAAGUGUAGCAAAUAUGUGGGGGUCUCACAACGGAUUAUUUAAAUAUAUGCAUUUAAAACAAGUUGAGAAAACCAAACCUAAGGAGUUGUGGUGUGUGUUGAGCACCACUGAAACACUCUCAUGCCUUUAACCUCACUCUUUCAGGCCUCCUAAGGCAUGGUACUGCAGUAUUUCUCUUUUCUUUGAUAUCCUGGACAAGUAGCCUUAUGUGCUGGUCUAUGAAUGCAUCAUUGUACCCUGCAAUGCCAACCAGGCUGCUCUGAGAGCCAGUCUGGGGGCUGGAAAGCCAUAUUGUAUAGGAAUUUGGGUUUUUUAAACCAUAUAGGGAUUUUUAAUUGCAUAUUGUACAGAUUUGGCAUGUAAAUAAAUAACAUUUUUUAAAAUAAAAUUAUUUAAAGUUCUUAUUA